GUAAUUAUGGCCGUAAGCGGUUAAUGAGCCGUUAAUUGCCGGAGUAAAGUAUGUAAUUUUAGAAUAAGGUUUAACGGCCGUGGUGAGUCUCCAACAUAGUACACCACCUCAGCACUCACAGACAGUGGGGGAUUUAGAGUAAUUCUGAAGACUCGGCCUCAGCCAUGUGUGAACAACAGAAGCAAGUGAAGUGCAAGAUUGGCCCCUCAAUCUUGAAUGCUGACCUCUCAAAUUUAGAGGGGGCCUGUGUUAAGAUGCUGGACUGUGGAGCUGAUUACCUUCAUCUGGAUGUGAUGGACGGCCACUUUGUUCCAAACCUCACCUUUGGUCAUCCUCUUGUUAAAUGCUUGCGACCAAAGGUUCCAAAAGCAUUUUUUGACAUGCAUAUGAUGGUGGCAGAUCCAGAGCAGUGGAUUGAGCCAAUGGCCGAUGCAGGGGCUGACCAGUACACGUUUCACAUCGAGGCAACAAAGGACGCUCCCACCUUGGCCCGCAAAAUAAAAGAAGCGGGAAUGAAGGUUGGCAUAGGAAUUAAACCAGGCACCCCAGUGGAGUCAGUCAUGCCAUAUGCUGACUUGGCAGACAUGAUACUGGUGAUGACAGUCGAACCAGGUUUUGGAGGUCAGAAAUUCAUGGCUGACAUGAUGCCAAAAGUCAAAUAUCUCCGUGAAAAGUUUCCCGACAUGGACAUAGAAGUUGACGGAGGAGUUGGACUCUCGACUAUUGAUGCAUGUGCCAAGGCUGGUGCAAACAUGAUCGUGUCCGGCAGUGCUGUUGUAAAGGCUGAGGACCCACAAUCAGUCAUUUCCCAGUUACGAGAAUCUGUUGUUAGAGCCCUGUGAACUAUAAGUCUCCGCUAAAGUGUCGGUCAAACAGAAACUCACACAGUACAGUGGUUGUCAUUGUCAUGGUGACUUCAUAACUCUGUGCUAUCCUAUUUUCUCCUCUUUUGAGUUAAUACAGUACCGGUACAUCAAAAUAACAACAGUAAUAACGACACCAGUACCGCUAUUCUGUAUUUCCUAAUAUGACGAAAGAGAUUCUCACAUGGUAGGCUGUUUGUUGACUUGAAGAUGAAUGGAUUUUGAUUACUUUUCAACAGAUCCAGAGCAGCAAAAUUUAUCUCAUGUAACUGGAAGUUGGUAGAAAUGAAAAUCAUUAAUAUAUAGAAGUGGGACUUGAUUGACCGAAGUGGAAUAUUAAGAAAUAAUAUAUUAUAGGUAGAUAGUAGACUGGUUUAGGCAUUGAUGUAGUUUGUUAUAAAUGAACAUAGUGUAUUCUACCAAAGCUUAAGAUUAUAUGUACAGUUUAGCUAGUGACAGGAUGCAUGCAUUUCUUUAGACUGGUAUUAUGGAAAUAUUUAUAUCCUCUAUAUGACACUAGUUUCUUAAUACAGUAUAUAUAUCAAUGAGAAUUCAGAAUUAUUGUGGAAAAAAAUUUUAACUGAUGAUAACAGCAACAUUAUUUCCCAUCACCAAGUUUUGACCUGUGUUGGUGUGAGCUCAUAAGGUCAGCAAGUCUAGCAGGUAAAAGAAAAAGAUGUACACGACCUGUAAGAUAUCUGUAUUGUUAGAUUUGUUUUAGUAUAUUUUCUGAAAUUUAUAGCUAAGUCGGGUCCUGUUUUAAUAUUGGUAUAAUUAUGAUUUAUGUGGAGAAUUUUGGGGGGAGGCAAUAGAUUUAUAUAUUUAUAAAAAACAUGCAUAUGUAGGUUUAUUUCAGAUAUGUAUAUGUAUAUAUAUUAGUAAUCUUUAUAUUGUACUGUGCAUUUUGCUCAGGUAAGACAUUAUUUAAGUGAGUAUAUAUUGUAAUAAGUUUCAAGUAACAUGUUGAUUGGUCAGAUGGGCUCAAACUUAAACCAUCCCUAACAAAACCAUCCUGAUUUAGACCCCAGAAAUAAUAGGCCUCAAUCCUUAUGAAAGCUAAUCCAACGGCUUAGUGCGGUUGGACUUAUUAAGACUGAAGCCUACCAUAGGAACAUAAAGAUAGUCACAAGUUGUUAAAUAUUUUGAAUUGUAUAUUGUUGAUAACUUUCAACUUAAGUUGACUGUAUUGAGUUAUUGUUUGUUCUUCCUUGCUUAGCUGAAUUUGAACUGCUGUACCUUGGUUGAUAUUAGUCAAAUUUUAUUUGGAUGUUUCUUCUGACAAGUUAUACUAAAAUUGAUUUAUGAAAGAGAGGUGUAGAAACUUAAAUGUAUUAAAAUUCUCUGCAGCCACCAAGCCACUUAAAUUGAAAGUUGACAGAGGUAAUCAUUGGGUGGGCCAAUUUAGGUUAUUUCUGAAGGAAUUUGUGUAUUAGAAAUGUGUUCUUAUGGUGUUUCUAUGUCACAAGAAUAUCCCUAAUAUGUUCAGCAUCUUGUUUAUCCUUCCCCUAUUGGCAGCACAUCCCCAAAACCACUUGAUGCCAUGCUCUCUGGUCAUUCACGUACACUGUUUUCUCCACCCCUUCCUUCCAUCUCCUUGAUUAUGGACAAACCUAUUUUCCAGGAAGAUUUGGUUGCAUAUAGAAACAAUGCACUAUGAACUAUUGAACCAUAGUGCAUUGGUCUUAAAACAUGAAGAUUUAAGAGCUUUCAUCUCUCAUAUCUUCUGAUGGUUGGAUGAGUCCAUGUUGUUAUGUAUAUAUUUUACCUUCUAUAUAAACAAAAAUUUCAUCAACUGUAGUCGUGAAUCUCAGUAUCAUGCGUGGUGGCUUCUUCUUGUAGCGCUCACCAGGCUAUUAUGUAAGCUGUGUAAUAGUGGUGUCAGAUAAGUACUGUAGUUUUGUAUCACCAAACUUCAUUUACUGCACAAAUCAAUUGAAAGUGAAGGUCAACAGUAGAAAAUUUUAAUGGUAAUGUUGUUCUGCAUGAUUGGAGGAUUUUACAUAUCUGUUCAUUUCAUUUCAACAUUCCAAAACAUUCCAUGGGUUUUUUUUUUUAGAUGGAUUUAUUCUAAAGGUUUUCCAGUAAAUAGUUUUAUAUGGUA